UAAUUUUAAUAACUGCAACACUUCACUUGCAGAUGAAUCGUACGCACAAGGUCUUCUGGUUUUGGAGCAGUGUCUCUCCUCUAACCUACGCGAGGGAUCGGAUAAUUCAAGUGAGAACGCAGGGGGGAUGGUUCUCCUUGCCAUGUCUUCCUUGCUAUCGGAAAGAGGAAGUAUUAAUGAAGCCAUAGAGAAACUCGAGAAAGUUCAAGAUCUGACCCACUCUUAUUUGGGAAUUAGAGUUGCUGCCUUGGAAGGGUUGAUCGGACUCCAUUUGGAGAUGGGGCAGGAUGAUACUUCGUCAGUGCUCGCAGAUAAAUGCUUGCAAUUGUUGCAAAGAAACGGGCCUGAAAAUGGUGACAGGGAUGAAUCUGGGGUUCUAGAAACUCGGGCUAAAGCCGUUAAGGGUCUAGUUCAGCUUGUGCUUGGUAAUAUUGAAUCAGCAGAGCCUUACUUUUCAGGAUUUCAGGAGGAUAAAGGUUGCUCUGGAAAUGUUGCUCUCCCAUAUGGAGAACUCUUACAUGCCACUGGAAAUUUUCCAUUGGCAAAGCAGUUUUAUGAGAAGGCAAUUCAAGGGGUGUCUGAAAUUGAUGGUCCAUUUGCUUUAGAAGCUUCUAAUAUGCAAUCAGAGGAAGUCCUCAUAGGGGCUACCUGUGCUUUGGGUCAGCUUGAAGCACAUGUUGGAAAUUUUGCUAAUGCAGAGGAGAUACUGACAAGAGCAUUAACAAAAGCUGAACAGCAUUUUGGCUCUCAUCAUCCAAAGGUUGGUGUCAUCCUAACUUCUAUAGCUCUCAUGUUCCGGAAGAAAGCAAAGAUGGAGCACUCAAGUUCUAUUUUGAUUCAAGAGGGACUCUACAGAAGGGCAAUAGACUUGCUAAAAGCUCCACCUAUAGAGACCGAAGAUGCAGAAGUGAAGGUAGAUAGAAGAGAUAUAACAGCCCUGGCAAGAGGUGGGUAUGCAGAAACUCUAUGUGUGCAACAGAACAGAAAAGGAGAAGGAGAGAAGAUGAAGAAGUGGGCGGAGACUACAUGGAAAAACAGUCGGCUGUCACUGGCAGAAGCACUGGAACUCUGUGAUCAUUCUUCCAAGGUGCCUGUUAUAGAUGCUCGAAUUAGCAGAGUGCUGUAAUGCUGUAUGCUGGUGAACGCUUGUUGGCACGUUCUACAAACAAAUCAGUGCACUUCUCUUUCCUUGUGAAGACGUUGGUAGAUGUGAGUCGUGUAACUUAUUACCUAUGUACAGUAAUUUAUGCAUGGCAUCCAUCGGUA